AAAAAGCUGUGUUAUAUGACACUUCCUGUGCUACUUUAUCCCUUGCUGGCACGCAUUAUUUACCGUUCUAAGUCAUGCCAGAAGUAGACUCCCAGGCCUAUUCAUUCCCAGGCAUUUCAUUAUACUCCAUGGUUUAGAAGCUGUCACUUGCCAGCCAGUAUGCCUUGUAGCAAUGAGACAAUCAAGAACGGGCACUGCAAUGAAAACCACACAGAUUCAGCACAAAACUUUGGAAACAGUGUGUUGUCAGCUUCAGAGGGAUCCGCACUAUAUCUGAAUACAGAACAGAUGUCAAACUGUAACAGUGAGAGUAACAAACAGGCUAUGGGGGAUCAGUCGGAAGGUCAGGCUGAUAAAACCACUGAAUCAAUGGUAGCCAGUGCAGUGAAUCUGGCCCCUGCCGAUUCACUCUGGAGCACGCUUGCUGAUGGCUCGGUGCAGCUCAGAAUAGACGAGUCCUGUCCACAGACACCAAUCACAGUUCACCAGAUGUUCAAAGCAUCCGAAGAAAAGUACAAGACCCUAUGCGCGUUAGCCAGCAAGAAGAACGAUAAACUGGAGAAGAUCACCUUUGCAGAGUAUUAUCAACUUUGCAGAAGAGCAGCUAAAAGUUUUUUAAAGCUUUGUUUGGAACGGUUCCACGGUGUCGGGAUCCUGGGAUUUAACUCUGCAGAGUGGUUUAUUUCAGCAGUCGGAGCUAUAUUUGCUGGGGGCAUUGUGUCUGGAAUCUACACAACCAACUCUCCAGAAGCAUGUCACUACGUUGCCCACAACUGCAAAGCAAACAUCAUUGUAGUUGAGAACCAAAAACAGCUGGAAAAAAUCUUGCAGAUCCGAGACAGGCUGCCCCAUUUGAAAGCCAUUGUACAAUACGAUGGUCCAUUACAAGAGAGACAUCCCAACCUGUACUCAUGGGAGGAGUUCAUGGAACUGGGAUCUGAUGUUUCUGAAGAACAGCUUGACGAUAUUAUUAGCAGCCAAAAACCAAAUCAGUGCUGUGUGCUAAUUUACACAUCCGGGACUGCAGGGACACCUAAAGGAGUGAUGCUCAGCCAUGACAAUAUUACAUGGACAGCAGCCCAUGCCAGCAGAGUAGGAGGCAUAGAGCCAGGAGAGAUAAAGCAGGAAUCCAUAGUGAGCUACCUCCCUCUCAGUCACAUUGCAGCUCAGCUUUACGAUCUGUGGACUGGGAUCCAGUGGGGGGAACUGGUGUAUUUUGCACAGCCUGAUGCUUUGAAGGGAAGCCUAAUCAAUACUUUGAAAGAGGCUUGCCCUACUUCACACAUGGGAGUCCCACGCGUGUGGGAGAAAAUAAUGGAGAAGAUAAAAGAGGAGACCGCUCAGGCUGGGUUUCUGAAAAAGAAAACGUUAACAUGGGCCACAUCUGUCAGCUUAGAAGCCAACCUGAACUGGGCCAACAAGGAUGAAGCCAAACCCUUUCUGUUCACGCUGGCCGAUCACUUGGUAUUAGGAGCAGUCCGUGCUGAGCUGGGGUUCUCGCACUGCGUGAAGUACUUCUCAGGAGCAGCGCCGAUCACACUCGAAACUCUCGAGUUCUUCCUGGGUCUCAACAUCCUCCUUUAUGAGGGGUAUGGAAUGAGCGAGACGACCGGCCCACACUUCAUGUCAGGACCAAACGUUUACAGGCUACAGAGCUGUGGAAAGGUAGUACCUGGGUGCAAGUUCAAACUGGUUGAUAAAGACCCAGAAGGAAACGGUGAAGUCUGCUGCUGGGGACGAAACGUCUUCAUGGGCUAUUUAAACAUGGAGGAGAAAACUAAAGAGGCGUUUGAUGAAGAGGGCUGGUUGCAUUCGGGGGAUUUGGGCAAAACAGACAAAGAUGGAUUUUUUUACAUCACUGGAAGGAUAAAAGAACUGAUUAUCACUGCGGGCGGUGAAAACGUUGCUCCAGUGCCAAUUGAAGACCUUGUGAAAAAGGAGCUCCCCAUUAUUAGCAAUGCCAUGCUGGUGGGGGACAAGAGAAAAUUCCUAUCAAUGCUGCUUACUUUAAAGUGCGUCUGCAAUCCGGAGACAGCGGAGCCCACCGAUGAAUUGAGCCUUGAGGCAAUCGCGUUUUGCCAGCAGGUCGGCAGCCAAGCCACUAAAGUGUCUGAUAUAAUUGGAGGGAAAGACAGAGCUGUGUACCAGGCCAUACAGGAAGGCAUUGCCAGGGUGAACAGGAAAGCCAUUUCUAACGCUCAGCGCAUUCAGAAAUGGACGGUCCUGGGGAAGGAUUUUUCUAUCCUGGGUGGAGAACUGGGUCCCACAAUGAAGCUCCGGAGACAGUCAGUUCUCGAGAUGUACAGUAAUGAAAUUGAGAGUUUCUACAUUAAGUAAAAAAUAAUUAAAAAGAACAGAACUACAGCACUGCCGUGUUACUUUUUCAAUCUGAAAUCGUUAUAACAAUUGAUAGACCUUGUAUAGCUUGUUGUACUGUACCUGGUAGUUUCAAUUUUAAUGUAAUUGUAUAUGCAAAGCUUGACAUAGUAUUAGCAUCUGACAGUUAAAUUAUGACAUCAUGAAAAUAGCAGCUGCUUACCACAUAGUCACAGUUUUUAUUUUUGGUAUUACAGUAGAAGUAUAUUAGACCAAAAAAGAAAAAAAAAUUGAAUUGGAAAAAUGUUCCUUUGAUUUAUUUCUGUAUUGAACUGUAACUAAACAUGGUUUUAUUGAUUAGUACCUCCAUCUACAAUGCUGGUACUUUGUCGAUUUACGUUGUCUUGUAGAUUAUAAUAUUAGUUUUGGCAUAAACCUUACUCUUAUUUUACAUUACGUUUAACUUUAAGAGUUAUCCAUUCAUUUAACAAACUUCUACAAUCUUAUAUUUUGGAUUAUUGUACAGUACACAUAUUGUAAACCCCAAUGACUGGUUUCACAGACCCUGAUUAGCAGUACUGUUGAACUACCUAAUGUUACCUUACAUAAGGUAGUCCAAGAGUAGUGUUAAUUGGGGUCUGUGAAACCAGCCAUAAAUCACUUUAUCUACAAAAAAAAAUUCAUUUUCAUAAUAUGCAGAAAACUUUGACACCAGCACUAAUUAAAACAUAACGACCUGCUUGUGGUGAUGUAUGCACUUAAAAAUAGAUGCUUCUGGUGGCUAAACGGUUAUUAAAAUACUUGAAGACUUUCUGACAAAGCAGCUUUGUAUCACAACCAAACACUCUCCAGCUUCCCCAAGAAUCUACCACAUCUCAAGCAGCAAGGGACAAACCAGGCUCACCUCCUUAACAGAAGAAAAGCCUUGGUGGGACUUUCCAUUGUGGGAGGACACGCCCCUUCCUAAUUUUCCAGAAAGACUGUAGGCAUUGUUCAAUAAGAUGUAACACUAUAAGCACUAUGGAUUAAGAAUUGUUAUUAAUAAAUGUGAAAUUGCAUAA